AUGGCCCGUAGGGGCCCCUAUAAACAAUACGAAUUGGACACAAGUAUUGCCGUUCCAAAAUCGACACGUUGUGACAGACGCAAACGAUGCCGUAUGGAUCAUCUUGACGGAUAUAAUAAUCACGAUAUUUUUGAGGUUAGUUUUUAUAAUAUAUGCUCUUAAAAUUAUUUUAAAACGAUCAUAUUUUUAGUAUAUGUUGUAGUCAGACAAGAUCACAUUCGAAUGUCAUACUUGAUCAUUUCUGUAGGAACAGAAUCUAAACGACGUCUUAUUUGAGCAAGAGAAUAUUGCCCCUGGUGUUGAUGAAAACAUAGAAGACGAUGUUCAUGUUGAGGAUGACAUAUUUGAGGACGAUACGGUUGGUAGACAAGAUUUGCAUGGCGAUAGCAUCAACAAAGUCGAAGUGCAAAUGGAUCAG